CUAUCUGUCAAAAAGAAAUUAAAAAAAAAAAAACAGCACAAAAACAAAGAAACUCUCUUUUGACCAUCACCACCCUCCCCCCUCCUUCUCCUCUUCUUCCUCAUCCCUUCUCCUCCAUAAUCACCAUUAUUUAAUUAAUCUGAUCAAACAUUUUACACUUCUUUAUAUAUAUAUUUUAAUUCAACUCCAAAUUUAUUGCCUUUUUGACAUUUCUUCUUCUUAAGACACAUUUAUAUUGAUCAUUUUCUCCUCUGUUGGCGAAUUAAUCAAAUGGGUGGUUGUUUUUCUUCCAUCAAAGUCAGUGGUUCCAACAGCAAUAACACCACCACCACCACCACCGCCAUGAUGGGCCAGAAUCAUCGCCGGAAAGAAGCCACCGGGGGCAACCCACAAACGACGAGAGCAGCCACGACAGCGAUUAGAACAGCAAGAGCAAGAACAGGAACGAAGACAAAUAAUGAGAAUGAAACUAAUAAGAGUAGACAGCAGCAACAAAUUAAGGUUAAAGAGAAGCAGAGUUCUAGAAGACCAGGUGGGGUGAUCCCAUGUGGGAAGCGUACGGAUUUUGGAUAUUCUAAGGAUUUUGAUAAAAGAUACUCAAUUGGGAAAUUGUUGGGUCAUGGUCAAUUUGGGUAUACCUAUGUUGCUACUGAUAAGUCUAAUGGAGAUCGUGUUGCUGUUAAGAAGAUUGAGAAAAAUAAGAUGGUUCUUCCAAUUGCUGUUGAGGAUGUUAAGAGAGAGGUCAAGAUUUUGAGAGAACUUGCUGGCCAUGAAAACGUUGUUCAGUUCUAUGACGCCUUUGAUGAUGAUUCUUAUGUAUAUAUAGUAAUGGAGUUAUGUGAGGGUGGGGAAUUGCUGGACCGAAUUUUGGCGAAGAAGGACAGCCGUUAUACUGAGAAAGAUGCAGCAGUAGUUGUACGCCAGAUGCUUAAAGUUUCAGCUGAAUGCCAUUUACAUGGUUUGGUGCACCGUGACAUGAAACCAGAGAAUUUUCUUUUCAAGUCAACAAAGGAGGAUUCUUCUCUUAAGGCCACAGACUUUGGCUUGUCAGACUUUAUUAAACCAGGGAAAAAGUUUCAAGAUAUUGUUGGCAGCGCUUAUUAUGUAGCCCCUGAAGUUUUAAAGCGCAAAUCUGGACCUGAAUCAGAUGUCUGGAGUAUCGGUGUUAUUACCUAUAUUUUGUUGUGUGGGAGGCGCCCUUUCUGGGAUAAGACUGAGGAUGGUAUAUUCAAAGAGGUCUUAAGGAACAAACCUGAUUUCCGGCGCAAACCAUGGCCAAGCAUAAGCAGUAGUGCCAAAGAUUUUGUAAAGAAGUUAUUGGUUAAGGAUCCUCGGGCUAGACUGACUGCUGCUCAGGCUCUAUCACAUCCAUGGGUCAGAGAAGGAGGUGAUGCAUCCGAAAUACCUAUUGACAUAUCUGUUCUGAACAAUAUGCGACAAUUUGUGAAAUAUAGUCGUUUGAAACAGUUUGCUCUGAGGGCAUUGGCGAGCACACUUGACGAUGAAGAGAUUUCUGAUCUUCGAGAUCAAUUUGAUGCGAUAGAUGUAGACAAAAAUGGUUCUAUCAGUCUUGAAGAGAUGAGACAGGCACUCGCUAAAGAUCUUCCUUGGAAAUUGAAAGACUCCCGUGUCCUUGAGAUUCUUCAAGCGAUUGACAGUAACACCGAUGGACUCGUUGAUUUUACGGAGUUUGUUGCUGCUGCUCUACAUGUGCAUCAACUGGAGGAACACAAUUCUGAGAAGUGGCAGCAUCGUUCUCAGGCUGCUUUUGAAAAAUUUGAUAUAGAUAAAGAUGGUUAUAUAACAACAGAAGAACUAAGAAUGCACACAUGCUUAAAAGGAUCCAUUGAUCCACUUCUUGAGGAAGCCGACAUUGAUAAAGAUGGUAAAAUAAGCCUUUCAGAAUUCCGUAGACUUCUAAGAACUGCAAGUAUUAGUGGACGAAACGCACCAAGCCCAUCUGGACAAAAAGUUUCUCGGAAAAUAUAGAGCAGAUAUCGCGUUUUGAAGAUCAAGACAAGUGAGAGUUGCAGAAGCGGAAAUCUUUUCAUCAAAAGUUCCGCGUCAGGUUUCAAUACAGAGUGAAUGUAUAAACUGUAGCUCUCUCCAUUGCCAUCCCAUGUAUUUGAGUGUUUGAGUGGUAGGUUUAAUCUUCCAUAUGAUGUAUGCUAAGAGGAUGUGUUGUUAUAUACGGAGCAGUGGCGGUGUUGGUUCGAUAUGGAGGAUGGCUCUGGGUGUGGUGGUCAUACUAUUGUACAUUCGUUUUGGAGUGGGAGGGAGUUUCUUUGCUGUGCCCGUUGUAUUGUAAUAUCUAAUCACAAAUAAAUACCAAUAAAUGUUUGGUGUUUUAGAAAUCAAAAUGUGUUCCUUUGUUCUAA